AUGCCGAGUCGGAUCCCUCUCCAUGCACUCUGCUGCGUCCUUCUCCCCUGGGCAUUCAUCACCUUUCACCAAGCCCUGGGGAACCCGGCCCCCCAUCCGGGUCCCCACUACCUCCUGCUCCCCAUCCACGAGGUCAUUCACUCUCGUCGUGGGGCCACGGCCACACUGCCCUGCGUCCUGGGCACCUCGCCUCCCAGCUACAAGGUACGCUGGAGCAAAGUGGAGCCCGGGGAGCUCCGAGAAACGAUAAUCCUCAUCACCAAUGGACUGCACGCCCGAGGCUACGGGCACCUGGGAGGGCGUGCCAGCAUGCGGAGGGGGCAUCGACUGGACGCCUCUCUGGUCAUCAAGAGCGUGCGCCUGGAGGACGAGGGCCGGUACCGCUGCGAGCUCAUCAAUGGCAUCGAGGACGAGAGCGUGGCACUGACCCUGCGCCUGGAGGGUGUGGUGUUUCCGUACCAACCCAGCCGGGGCCGCUACCAGUUCAAUUACUUCGAGGCGAAGCAGGCGUGCGAGGAGCAGGACGGACGCCUGGCCACUUAUAGUCAACUGUACCAGGCGUGGACCGAGGGGCUGGACUGGUGCAACGCCGGCUGGCUGCUGGAGGGCUCGGUGCGCUACCCUGUGCUCAACGCGCGCGCUCCGUGUGGCGGUCAAGGGCGGCCAGGCAUCCGCAGCUACGGGCCCCGCGAUCGCAGCCGUGACCGCUACGACGCCUUCUGCUUCACUUCGGCGCUGACAGGCCAGGUGUUCUUCGUGCCCGGGAGACUGACGCUAUCUGAAGCCCACGCGGCGUGCCGGCGGCGGGGAGCUGUAGUAGCCAAGGUCGGGCACCUCUACGCUGCCUGGAAGUUCUCGGGACUGGAUCGGUGCGAUGGAGGCUGGCUGGCGGACGGCAGCGUUCGCUUCCCCAUCACCACGCCGCGGCCGCGCUGCGGGGGUCUCCCUGACCCCGGGGUGCGCAGCUUCGGCUUCCCCCGGCCCCAGCAGGCGGCCUACGGAACCUACUGCUACGCAGAGAAGUGA